AUGGCCGGCGGCGUGGUGGUGAACGCCGGAGGGGGCAAGGACUACCCCGGCAAGCUCACCAUGUUCGUGCUCUUCGCCUGCAUCGUCGCCGCCACCGGCGGGCUCAUCUUCGGAUACGACAUCGGCAUCUCCGGUGGCGUGACGUCGAUGAACCCGUUCCUGAUGAAGUUCUUCCCGUCGGUGUACCACAAGGAGCAGGAGGCGGAGCGGAACCAGAGCAACCAGUACUGCAAGUUCGACAGCCAGCUGCUGACCAUGUUCACGUCCUCGCUCUACCUCGCCGCGCUCGUGGCCUCCUUCUGCGCCGCCACCGUCACCCGCGUGGCCGGCCGCAAGUGGUCCAUGUUCGGCGGCGGCGUCACGUUCCUGGUGGGCGCCGCGCUCAACGGCGCCGCCAAGGACGUGGUCAUGCUCAUCCUCGGCCGCGUCCUCCUCGGCAUCGGCGUCGGCUUCGCCAACCAGUCUGUCCCCGUCUACCUCUCGGAGAUGGCGCCCGCGCGCCUCCGCGGGAUGCUCAACAUCGGGUUCCAGCUCAUGAUCACCAUCGGCAUCCUGUGCGCCAACCUCAUCAACUACGGCACCGCCAAGAUCAAGGGCGGGUGGGGGUGGCGCGUCAGCCUGGCGCUCGCGGCCGUGCCGGCGGCCAUCAUUGCCGUGGGCGCGCUGUUCUUGCCCGACACCCCCAACUCUCUCAUCGCCCGGGGCUACACCGACGACGCCAAGCGGAUGCUCAAGCGCGUGCGCGGCACGGAGGACGUGGAGGAGGAGUACAACGACCUGGUGGCCGCCAGUGAGGAGUCCAAGCUCGUAGCGCACCCCUGGAGCAACAUCCUGCAGCCGCGGUACCGGCCGCAGCUCGUCAUGGCUAUCGCCAUCCCCAUGUUCCAGCAGCUCACGGGCAUCAACGUCAUCAUGUUCUACGCGCCCGUGCUCUUCAAGACGUUGGGCUUCGCCGACGACGCCUCCCUCAUGUCCGCUGUCAUCACGGGCCUCGUCAACGUUUUCGCGACCUUCGUGUCCAUCGUCACCGUGGACCGGCUCGGCCGCCGCAAGCUGUUCCUGCAGGGCGGCACCCAGAUGCUCGCGUGCCAGAUCGUCGUCGGCAGCCUGAUCGGCGCCAAGUUCGGGUUCACCGGCGUGGCGGAGAUCCCCAAGGCGUACGCGGCCAUCGUGGUGCUCUUCAUCUGCGCGUACGUGGCCGGCUUCGCCUGGUCCUGGGGACCCCUCGGCUGGCUGGUGCCCAGCGAGAUCUUCCCGCUGGAGAUCCGGUCGGCGGGGCAGAGCAUCAACGUGUCCGUCAACAUGCUCUGCACCUUCAUCAUUGCGCAGGCGUUCCUCCCCAUGCUCUGCCGCUUCAAGUUCAUCCUCUUCUUCUUCUUCGGCGCCUGGGUCGUCGUCAUGACCAUCUUCGUCGCGCUCUUCCUGCCGGAGACCAAGAACGCGCCCAUCGAGGAGAUGGUGCUCGUGUGGAAGGCGCACUGGUACUGGAGCCGAUUCAUCCGCGACGAGGACGUGCACGUCGGCGCCGACCUCGAGAUGCCCUCCGCCAACGGCAACGGCAAGGUCGGGGCCGGUAAGCUCGGCGGCAUGCAGUAG